AAGAGAAUUCAUGGUCUCCCGAUACUUGGUUUAGUACCUGAUACACAGGACCAGAAAGAUUCCCUAGGGUGGGAAGGAAGAGAGAAUGCUUUUUUUCCUGAGGUUUACCCUGGGACACCUGACAACUGUUACUCCUCAGAUCCAGCAGCGUCAUGCACAGGGUAGAGUUGGUGGUGAAGGGCAGAGCACGUUACAGGCUGUGUGACUCAAAUGCACUCUUUUUCCCUUCUUCUUUCUCUGUAAUCCAUUUCUGCUUGGGAAGGAAUUAGGUCUCUGGAAAACAUUCAAAGACUUUGUUGUGUGAACCGCAAUACAAAUAAUAAAUAGAGGGUCAGGAGGAUUCAGUGGUGAAAGCAACUUCUGUUCCCUGGUACCAAGCCGAUUGGUUGGGCUGUUUUUGUGAAGCUGUUAGUCCCUUCAAUGAGACUUACCACUCCUAUAAAUACCCAGAACACAGCUCUGACUUCCACAUUCUGCAGUUGGCUCUGGAAAGCUCAAAUCCUUGAUCGGGGAGAAAAUGUCCAGCCAAAUAGAACACCCAGCGGGUGGAUACAAGAAGCUUUUUGAGACUGUGGAGGAAUUGUCUUCACCAGUGACUGCUCAUGUCACAGGCAGGAUUCCCAUAUGGCUUAGAGGCAGUCUUCUUAGAUGUGGGCCUGGCUUAUUUGAAGUUGGUUCUGAACCAUUUUAUCAUUUGUUUGAUGGCCAAGCACUCCUUCAUAAAUUUGACUUUAAGGAGGGUCAUGUCACGUACCAUCGGAGAUUCAUUCGGACUGAUGCUUAUGUAAGAGCAAUGACUGAGAAAAGAAUCGUGAUAACUGAAUUUGGCACCUAUGCUUACCCUGAUCCAUGCAAGAACAUAUUUUCCAGGUUUUUUUCAUACUUCAGAGGUGUGGAGGUCACUGAUAAUGCCCUGGUUAAUGUGUACCCAGUGGGUGAAGAUUACUAUGCCUGCACUGAGACCAACUUUAUCACCAAGAUUAACCCAGAGACCUUGGAGACAAUCAAACAAGUGGACCUUUGUAAAUAUGUUUCAAUCAACGGUGUAACUGCUCACCCCCACAUUGAAAAUGAUGGCACCGUUUAUAACAUCGGCAACUGCUUUGGGAAAAAUUUUGCAAUUGCCUACAAUAUUGUACGGAUCCCACCACUGCAAGCAGACAAGAAAGAUCCAAUGAAUAAGUCCGAGGUGGUUGUGCAAUUUCCUUGCAGUGAUAGAUUUAAACCCUCCUAUGUGCACAGCUUUGGGCUGACUCCAAACUAUAUAGUGUUUGUGGAAACACCAGUGAAAAUUAACCUGCUCAAAUUCCUUUCUUCUUGGAGUCUGUGGGGUGCCAACUAUAUGGAUUGCUUUGAGUCUAAUGAAACCAUGGGGGUCUGGCUUCAUGUAGCAGAUAAAAAAAAAGGAAAGUACCUCAAUAUCAAAUACAGGACCUCAGCCUUUAACCUCUUCCAUCACAUUAACACUUAUGAAGACAAUGGAUUUCUUAUUGUGGAUCUCUGCACCUGGAAGGGGUUUGAGUUUGUUUACAAUUAUCUGUACUUAGCCAAUUUGCGGUCCAACUGGGAAGAAGUGAAGAAACAUGCAGAAAAAGCUCCUCAGCCUGAAGCUCGCAGAUAUGUUCUUCCCUUAAACAUUGAUAAGGCCGACACUGGUAAGAAUUUGGUCACCUUGCCCUACACAACAGCAACUGCAACUCUGCACAGUGAUGAAACGAUCUGGCUGGAACCAGAGAUUCUUUUUUCUGGGGCUCGCCAAGCGUUUGAGUUUCCACAAAUCAAUUAUAAGAAAUAUGCUGGGAAACCCUAUACAUAUGCAUAUGGCCUUGGAUUGAAUCACUUUGUUCCAGACAGGCUUUGUAAGAUGAAUGUUAAAACAAAAGAGACUUGGGUGUGGCAGGAACCAGACUCAUACCCAUCAGAACCUAUCUUUGUUUCACAUCCAGAUGCCCUGGAAGAGGAUGAUGGAGUCGUGUUGAGUGUGAUUGUUAACCCUGGCACAGGGCAGAAGCCUGCCUACCUACUUAUACUGAAUGCAAAGGAUAUGAGUGAAGUUGCCAGGGCUGAAGUGGAGAUUAAUAUUCCUGUUACCUUCCAUGGAAUGUUCAAAAGAUCGUGACCAUUCUUUUCAGUACACUUAUCAUAAAUUGCUUUUUUGGCUUUGAAAAGGUAUAUUUCUAACUGCAAAAACUCAUAUAUUCUAAUGUUCCUUUGUUGUCAAUGAUUUGUAAAACUCAUUAAGACUGAGAAUUUCAUUUUUCCUGAAUGUUUGUGCUUUUGUUUGUGGACAAAAAUCGGUCUAAAUAAAAGAUACAACCUAGUCCAUCUCAUUUCUCACAUUUCUUAGUAACUUAAGUGUUGACUCAUCUGACUUUUCAGACUCGCAAUGGUUGAUCAGACUUUAAAAUGAGCAGCAUUGGGCAUUUUAAAACUUAAAAAGAAUGGUUCUUUACAGAAUUAAACUUUGGGGCAGUGAGUGAUAUACUUGAACCAGUAUUACAUGAAAUAUUGUAGAUUCAAAAAACAUCAGUGACAUAUGCUCAAGAGUGUCUUCUAAUGACUGCUUUAUGAGGAGGCUAUUUUCUCUGCUAUAAAAAUGUAUUGAUUUGACUAAAUUCCAGUUCAAUGUAUUCACCUUCUAAAAUCCAAUGGUUUUCAGAGGGGCCAUCAUAAAUCCAUCCAGUUUGACUGCUGUUCUUCCUGUGGCUGUUUUUGAGAACCAGGAUUCAUUUGAGGCAGCAAGUUCAAGGCUUGACAUAAUUAGUAUUUUCUCCAUUGAUAACACUCUCCAAAGAAAUCUUGCAAGAUGUAGCCAACAGAGUAACCGUUCACAUCACACCAGCACCCUUCAGUGAAGGAGCAAGCACUGUAUCAGCCAGAAGUACUCAGUAUGAAAGAAACCUCCCCACUUCUCUCUCCUGUUCUCUUAAUUUUGAGAGCAAAACCUGCCCAAUGCCUCAGGUAGUAUGAGGUUUGCAUAAGUGAAUCAAGAUGAAAAUCCAAACAAUGUAAAGGAAGCUUGAAUUUAAAUAUUGGCCACUUGCUUUCCAUCUGAUAGUACCCUUAUGACUCUCAAAAGACCUGCUCCCACAAAGCAGUUUCCAAAUUAAUAUAAUUAAUAUAGCUCUGUGUCUGAAGUUUAUGCAAAUAUCCAGAAAGCUAUUUGAAAAAUAAAGCUGUUACAGUUCGUAAGUGAACUUCUAGCAGCCAGCUUCUGGAUAAACAGGAUUAUUUGGCAUUGAAUUCAGGGAAUUCUGUCCCAGAGCUGACAAGCCAGUCAUAUUAAAUAACUAGACUACUCUUCAUUAUGUUAAAAUUUAAACAAAAAAUUAUCUUGUAAUAUUAAAGCUGCAAUAUUAUCUUAGACCCUGAACUGAGUAAUAUUGUCUGAAGCUUUGUUAUCCAAGAACUUAAGUUACUGUAAUUUCUUAUCACUAUCAAAACUUUUAUGUGAGAUGUAUUUAGCUUCUGCUUUCUUAGCACAUGCAAAAGAUGAAAAGUUUUGUCCUUGCUGUCUUCUACUCCAACAUACAGUACUUAUUUCUGUUGGAGAACGAUCCCAGGUUGAUUCAGCCGAAAAUUGAAUUUUUCAAUUUAUUUGUGGGAUAGGUACCCAAUUCUCAGGAUGCCAUAGGGGAGAGAGCAUGUGAAGUUAAGUUGCUCCAUAUUGCCCAGCUAAGAUACCCCACAUCCCAUGAAGAAAAAUUGCAUCUUGAGGUUUUAAAUACCCUGCAAAAUAGAUUCUUGACCUUUACUGAAUGGAAAUAAAGUUCCAUUUCCAGGACUUGUUUCUAUGAGGUCUCUUUCAACACUGAUUAAUUUCACAUAGGUCAAACAGCCUUCAGAUUGUAACAACUUGAAGUCAGAAACGUGUGUUGGGGAAGAUCUAUUAACAGUACUUAAGUCAGUCAUAUCAUAUAAUGUUUUUGCUGUCAGAUAUCUUAACACACUUUACAAAGGAGUACAGUGAACCCUCGUUUAUCGCGGUAGAUAGGUUCCAAACCCGACCGCGAUAGUUGAAAAUCC